UUAUGCUUCACAUUGAUAUGAAUAUGCAGCAGUAGCCAAAUUAUAUAAAUGCUAUUUUUUAUCGUUUGAAACGGCGUUUUGAUAUAGAAUUAUCCAUGAAACGUGCAAAACGACCGAAUUGAACAAAAUAAUUAGUAUAAUGUCCGACAAACACUUUCAUUUUAGUCGUGUAUAUGUUUGUUACUCAAAUCCAGAAAGUCAAAAAUUUGGGGAGGCCAAGAAAGACCGAAAAUUUUUAAAAGAAAAUGGAUAACUUUGCAGUUCACGUACGAAACGUAGUGAAAAGAUAUGGUAAUAAUCAAAUACUCACAGGACUAUCUAUGACUGUAGAAAAAGGACAAAUCUAUGGAUUACUGGGUGCCAGCGGAUGUGGAAAAUCUACUUUGAUGAGUAGCCUCGUUGGAAUAAAAAAAGUUGAUGCGGGCGAGAUAUGGGUUUUGGGCAAAACACCUGGAAAAUGUGACAUGGCUACUUUUGGAGCAAGAAUAGGUUACAUGCCUCAAGAAAUGGCUCUAGUUGGAGAAUUCACCGUAAAAGAUUCGAUAUAUUAUUUCGGAAGGAUAUUUCACAUGAAAGACAAAGUUAUUGCGCAAAGAUUUCGAGAAAUGCAGAUCCUACUCGAGCUUCCACCUGAAGAUAGAUUUCUGAGAGAUUGCAGUGGUGGUGAACAAAGAAGGGUUUCUUUUGCCGUUGCCCUCGUUCACAAACCGGAACUUUUGAUCAUGGAUGAACCUACCGUUGGAGUUGAACCUCUAAUGAGAUUCAGGAUAUGGAAACACCUCAUAGAAAUCACAAGGACUGAGAAUAUAUCGAUAAUUUUGACCACCCACUACUUGGAAGAGUGUCGAGAAGCUGACAAGAUUGGGUUGAUACGAAAUGGUAAGCUUCUUGCAGAAGAUUCCCCAAACGAAAUACUGAGGAUGUUCAACUGCAAAACGCUAGAGGAAGCAUUUCUUAUAUUGUCCAGAAAUCAAGAAAAACAAGCGACGAAAAAGUCCGAUACCUGUCAGAAUCAUAAUGAGAAUAUUAUGGAUGUGGUGUGUUAUAAAAAAGAUUCAGAAGAGGAAUACCCUGCGUCUGACACACUGGCUGGAAAAAUAGGAAACAGCAUCCUGAAUACGAAUCGAAUUUUGGCUUUGAUGGACAAGAACUGGAAGCAAUUCUACAGAAACCCCUUCAACCUGUUUUUCUUGGUGCUGCUGCCGGUAAUCCAGCAAGUCGUGUUCAUGAAAACUCUUGGGCGAGAUGUGAUGAACAUACCUCUGGGAAUUGUUAAUGACGAAAUAGUUCCUGGUGGAUGCUUGCAUUAUUCAGCAAACAGUUCGGUGAUAAUUUCGGGCUACCGAGAAGACCCUCCAUGCCAUUUUCAUGACAUCAGUUGCAGGUUUUUGGGUUAUUUGGAUCAUCCGAUGAUAAGCAAGGUGUAUUACGACAGAGUUGAAGACGCCCAUGAGGACACAGAACGUGGUUUGAUAAUCGGUUUCGUGUACUUUUCAGCAAAUUUCAGCGAAAGCCUUGAAAAACGCAUGUGGAUGGAUUGGACUACGAGUGACAACGUUCUGGAUUCCAGCCAGGUCAAAGUUUGGCUCGAUCUGUCCAGUCUUCGUGUGGGUGGAGAGGUGCAAAUGAGGCUCCAACAAAUCUUUCUACAGUUUCAGAAGUCUCUUUAUAUCGAUUGUGGGUUGCCAGAAAAAUUGAGUGGGGUACCUUUGAAUAUGGAUUUCAUACACGGGUGGAAAGGAGAGGAGCAAAUAGUGAAUAUGCUACCCAGUGGACUGGUAACAACAAUUUUCUUUCUGGGUGCCAUCAUGACUUCGCACGUGGUGGUCAAAGAAAGACAGGAAGGGAUCUGGGAUCGAUCUAUAGUAGCUGGAGUAACUUCGUUGGAAAUCCUCACCACUCAUUUCAUCUUGUUGGGUUCUUUAUCAAUCAUCCAAACACUCGGUAUGUUCCUUGUGACGUAUAUAAUAUACCAGCAGGAGUACGUCGGGAGUUUCAUCCUCAUGAUGAUCAUAGUUUACUUGCAAGCAAUCGGUGGAAUGAGUCUUGGGUUUUUGGUGUCUGUUGUUUCCACUGAUCAUACAAUGGCCACAAUUUCCGUUUCCGGCAUUUUCUUUCCCAUGAUGAUGUUAAACGGUCUACUCUGGCCCAUUCAAGGAAUGCCCUACGUUCUGGCUUCAAUUGCGAGGUGCCUCCCAUUCACUCUCGCAACAGAAUCAUUGAGGAACGUCUCCAAGAAAGGAUGGCCUUUAAGCGAUUUCAAAGUGUUCAACGGUAUCAUAAUCAGCACUGUGUGGACCAUAGUGUUCGGUCUUUUGAGUGUGUAUUUGAUGAGGAAGCGGUCUUGAAUUGUUUAUUUCAUUUCGUUAAUUAAACCUCUUUUCUUCUCAAGAAA